AUUCUUUAUUCAGUCUUUUGCAGUUUGGAACUUUGGAACGGAAGCAAAUUGUGUUGCAGAAGCAAAUAUACCUCAGCUUGUUCAUCAUGAUUCCUCAAUCUUUGAACAGCGAACUUUUUGCAACUUACAUAUUUUAUGCAUCUGUUUUGGUUUUCAAAACUCUUUUCAUGAGCAUAUGGACAGCAAGACACAGAAUUGCCAAGAAGAUAUAUCCAACAAGUGAAGACUAUAAGGUGGAAAAGGGACACAAACCACCUACAAAAUUUACAGAUGAUGAUAUAGAAAGAGUGAGAAGAGCCCACUUGAAUGACUUGGAGAACAUUCUGCCAUUCCUCAUUUGUGCACUACUGUUUGUGAUCACAGAUCCAGACAUUGUCAUUGCCAAAUGGUUUUUCCGUAUCUUCACCACUGGUCGAAUCCUACAUACACUUGGGUACUUGAAUGCCAUCCAUGGGCUUCGAGGUGCUGGCUUUCUUAGCUCAAUGGCUGUAAACAUGGCCAUGACUGUCAUGGUGAUAUGCAAAUCAUUUGGAAACUUUUGAUCAACAGAUAAGAAGAAACCUUGUAUUACGGAACUUUCAUAAAAAUCUGAUUUUGAUUUGUCUCAGCAAAUUUUUUAAGUAUUUUGCUUCAAUUUACUCUGUAGAACUUUUACUCCUUGGAUUUUGCUGUUAUAUAGAGUAAAAGUUAUUAGCAUAAACUCACUCAGGAGAAGAUUCUUUUAUGUAGCUUUCUUGACAUUUGCCAAUGUAAAGUUUGUAGUGAUUCAGACAAGAAAAAAGGCUACUUUA